AUGUAUAUAAGGAUUUUUAUAUAUAUAUAUUUAGGAAUUUUACUAAAAAUAAUUGGAUUAUGUUGUAAAAUUAAUUUCUUUGGUGAGGCUAUUCAACUAAAAAGUGAGGCUGACUAUUUUGAUUUUGAUCCUAUUCUAUACAGGGAUACUAUUUUUAGGAAAAGUGACAAACAAAUUUGUUAUAUUAAAGGAUUUCAAAUAGGUCAGGGACGUUAUUCAAAUGUAUUUUUAUCUUGGCUCUUUAAAUCCUGCCCAUUUAGCUUUGGAUACAAUAUUAGCUCUCCUUACCUCAUAGAUAUCGUUAAGCUAGGCAUCUCUAACUACUAUCUAUCAACUUUAGAAGGGACUCCAGUAGUAAUUAAAGAGCUUAAAACUAUUGUUGGAUGGAAAGUAAGACGUGAAAUUUCCAUUUUAAAGAAGUUGAACAGUGAAUUCUUAAGUACAGAAAAUAGCACAAAAAAAUUGAAGUUAGAAAAAUUCAGCAACCAGGGUAUCAUCUAUCACGAAGGAUCUGAAUCAAUAAUUAAGCUAAUAGAUGUUAUAUCAUAUUCAAAUAACAGUGAUUCUAAUUUGGGUGAUUCUAAUAAUAUUGGUAUAGUGAUGGAAUUUAUCAAGAACAAACCUUUCUACUCUCUUUUAGCUCACUUAGAUUAUAAUGAUACUCAAAGUUAUUUCAGAGAUCUACUCCUAGGAUUAGAUUUUGCUAACUCUAUGGGAAUUUUUCAUAGAGAUAUAAAACCACAAAACUUAGUUAUUGACUUGUGGAAAAAAAAACUUAAAAUAAUAGACUGGGGUUUGGCAGAAUACAGUAAUAUGCAUGCUAAUUUUAGUCCAAAAGUUGGAUCUAAAUCAUAUAAGUCACCUGAACUGUUAAUUGGAAUAAGAGAAUAUAACUACUCUAUAGAUUCUUGGGCUGCAGGAUGCAUCCUUGCUCAGAUGCUAUUUCACCUAGGAACUCGUAAGACUAAUUAUUUUUCGCAGAUGUUUUUACUCUGGCCUAAUCAUUUUGUAGGGAUAUAUUCAACUAUUAUGCAAGAAACAGAUGUCUUAUUUCCUGGGUGGGAUAAUAAUGAUCAACUUGUAAAAAUUGCCUCUUUAUUAGGUGGGGAAAAUAUCAUUUUGUUUGCUGAAAAGUACAAUAAAACUAUACCCAAGAGUGUUUUAAAUUACCUAAGUAAAACUAAGCCUUUAUAUAAAUCAACUAAACCUUGGUACACAUACCCAAAAACAUUUGAGUUCUUAGUUACCGAUGAAAAUAGACAUCUUAUUACACAUGAAGCUUUAGACUUAUUAUCAAGAUUACUUGUUAUUGAUCAUGAAUACCGAUUAACUCCAGGAGAAGCUUUAAAACAUCCCUAUUUCAGGGUGCCUACUACAAAGCACCAUUUUAUUGGUGAUUCUUUCGAAUAUAAUGGGAUUAAUUUAAGUAUACAAAAUUUUAUAAAUAUGAAUGAAGGUAUGAUAACCCACUUAGAAUAUUGCAUUGUACCAAAAAUUUUUGAAACCAAUUGUAGUUUAUAUCCUGAUAGUUAUUACAGGCAGUUAUUACAAUAA